AUGCAGGCUCUCAACUUGGACGAGCCUCCUCAGAAGGAAGAUGAUGGUCGAGCGCAACAGCAGCAACCCCAUCAGCAGCAGCAGCAGCAGCAGCUACACCAUCCACAACAUCAACAGCCACCACCCGGAAGUCCGGUCGCCGACACCGGCGGCCUGGUAAAUGGCGGCGGGGACUAUGGCCGACAACAUGAGGGCGGCUCGCCCAUGAGGCAGAAUACCACUUCUUCAACAACCACAGUAGCCUCCCUGGCGUCGCUAGCCACUGGAAGGACGACGCCUACGCCUUACAGCUUGGAGGCGCAUACGCCUUCAUCACCUAGUCUUGCCACUACCGCUCAAGCUGCUGCACAAGCUGUCUUUUCCGCGAGGGAUGGGGCAGAUGUCACGGCCCAGCGCAGGGCCAGUCGCCGUCGAACGGGGCCCUUGAACCCCGAGCAGCGGGAGAAGGCUUCGCUCAUCCGUAAGAUGGGUGCAUGCGGGGACUGUAAACGAAGACGAGUUGCUUGCCAUCCUAGCCAUCACAAUACGACCUGGGCUGCGCUUGCCAAAAAAUUCGGGAAUGGCUCGUCGUCACAAAGUGCCAAUGGACGCCCACUGAGUCCGGCCAUGUCAAAGUUCCAGUCUCUGCUGACUCAGGAACCUGAGGACAUGGUACAGAUCCCCAACUUCCAUGAGCGGCUCAACCAGAUGAACCCAAAUGAUUCUCGGAUUAGAACGCCGCUACCAUCUGGGCCCCGGCCGGAGAGGCCAACAAGUCUGAUUCCCGUGGCUGGUUUGGAGUCCUUCAGAGUUGAUCUUCAAGGAAGCGCAUCUCGGAUCCUGGCAAGCCCUCUUCGCAGUCGAUAUGCCAGCGUUUCAACCAUGCUUGUCCGGUGGCAGGACGACAUUGAAGAUGCCGAUGGAUCCAAGAACGAUAUUGAGGAACUGGCCAGGGUGCUCACGGACGAUUACAACUACUCGGUCACCAUCAAGAACAUUCCGACGUCGGGAGACCCUAGCAACAGCUCCUAUUUGUGGCUGAACAGGGAAGUAAACACGUUUGUUACCAGCCACAACCAACGGGACACUUUGAAGAUUUUCUACUACAGCGGGCAUAGCUACUUGGGAGAGGACCGGGACACCAUGAUCUCCAGUUCCAAGAAAGCAACACCCGGCUCGGAUAUUCCAUGGAAGAUGAUCCAAGGGAUGUUUGAAAAUAUCUGUUCUGAUGCCCUAAUUCUCCUGGAUUGUGCGUACUAUCCGCUCUAUCAAACAGUACGCCGACAAGGAAUCCUCGAGUUAAUCGCUGCCUCUGCUGGUGAAGACCACGCCAAACUUUUGGGUCGGAGCGCCUUCACCCGGGCCUUAACGGAACAGCUGAAGACAAGGGCCGUCCACAAGUUCAAAGAAGCCUAUUCUGCAAGCGAACUUCACGCCAAGCUGGUUUCAGUAUACCCAAGUUUGGUACGGGAACAGAACCAGGAAAUCAUCACAUCGUUUCCCACCCCGCUGUUUGUACAGCUAUCCGGCAACAAGGUGUUGCCAUCCAUUCUUUUGGCUCCGUUGGUGGCGCGGCAACCGGGAGACCUAACACCCUCGCCUUAUACCCCGGACUCCCCGGCCGCCGGAACCUCACAACUCAGUCUGACGUUUCAAAUAUCGGACGAUAAUACGUUUAACAUGGAGAGCUGGGCGGAGUGGCUCCGUUCCAUGCCUCAAGGAAUCAAGGACCUGAAAAUUGAUGGCCCAUAUCGCAGUUCGCCGUGGGCAAGAUGA